GUAACACUCAUAGGUUAUAAUUGAGCCAUGGCUUGUUAUGCCCACUUUUUUAGAUGUUUGUUUAUAUUUAUUUAUAAAGCAUUCCCAAACUUAGCAUCUCUAAUAAGCUAGUGAUUUCUGUGUUUUCUGCAAAUGAUGCAGAAAACACAGAAAUGACUGCAGAAUGUGCUACACAAGUCAGUUUAAUCUUUCAUGAACAAAACUUUUUGGGGCCUUAUACAUAUAAAUCAAUACAAUUAUUGAAUUUUGUUCUAAACAAAUUUGGUACUAGCAUUACAUAUACAAGUACAUAUGCUAGUUACAAGAUAAAGUAUUCAGGAUUAUGUUCAUUUUUUAUUUGUUUAGUUCUCUGGAGCAAGCUAAGAAGUUUAGAACAGAAAGCGGAAGGAAUGUGAGAAGGAAAUUAGCUUUUGAUGAGUUGAAGAAUGAAAGAGACCAUAAACAAAAAGGGCCAUCAAGCAAGCCUUGUAAUGCUUCAGAGGGCUCAUCUGAAGAAUCUGAGUGUAGCAGUUACCAUGGAAGUGAUGAAAGAUCUGAGGAUGAAUCAGAUCUUGACCUCUCUAGUGUGGACGAGGACUCUGAAAGUCAAGAUUUGGCAAGCAGUUCACUUGAAAGAUAUAGUGAUGAAUCAGGUCCUGAGAAUUUUGGUGUGGAUGAAGUUGGUAAGGAAGAGUUGGUAAGCAGUACAGUGUCUGCUGUUGUGUGUUAA